CGUCGGUGAGCAACCUGGCAUCCCGACGUGGGCACAUAAAGCCCCCCUCCCUUUCGCGCCCGUCGACGGAUGCUGCAGUAAGUUGGCCGCGCGUGCGCACUUUCGCUCCUCUUUUCCUAGGAAGCAGCCCAGAAGCUUUGCAGCAUGUCAGAUCCUGAGCUGGAGUUCGGGGCCGUCGAGUCCGGCGCCUCGGCCACGUACCCCAUGCAGUGUUCGUCCCUGCGCAAGAAUGGCUUCGUGGUGCUCAAGGGCCGCCCCUGCAAGAUUGUGGAGAUGUCCACCUCCAAGACGGGCAAGCACGGCCACGCCAAGGUCAACCUUACUGGCAUUGACAUUUUCACCCAGAAGAAGUAUGAAGACAUGUGCCCCUCCACCCACAACAUGGAUGUCCCCUCCAUCAAGAGGAUAGACUAUCAGUUGGUCAACAUCAACGAGAACUUCAUGUCCCUGAUGGCCGACAACGGCGACGUCCGGGAGGACCUGCGCGUUCCCGAUAACGAAGUGGGCAAGGAAAUCGAGAGCAAGUUCGAGGCGGGCGACGAAUUUAUGGUGACGGUGAUGUCCGCCAUGGGGGAGGAGUGCGCCGUGGCCACCAAGGUCCUGACCAACAAAUAAGGAGAAGGACUUUGCAGCCCCGGCAACGAGCGCCGCCCGCAACCAGCCUCUUUGCAUUCUCAUUGGUUCUUCUGUCACCAAAGCGUCGCCGACGGCUCCUUCCUCCCAUUUUCGCUUAUGCUCGAUCGCCGGGAAAAUUUUGAGGCACGUUUUGGCCACUUUCUAGAAAACCAUCACAUCCGCUUAGUUUUGCCUUCACAGUAUUGCUCACGUUCCUGAAUGUUGAAAUAGCAACAGCGGGAUUCAGCGUUUUUUUUUUUUCCUCUUUUUGUUUGGGGGGGCUAUUUUCAUUUGAAAUCUUGACCUCCGUAGAGUAGAUCCGCUCGCGUCGCACCCGUCCUCCGGUGGCGGCGAGCUCUCGGGUCGCUUAAGCUCCACCCCCCAAAACGGGAAGUCCCCCCCCACACACACCUCCCCUACAUUUAAAGCACGCGCGAGCGUUCGUACCGACUUCCCUUCCUCCCUCCGAACGAACGGCCUGCCGGGGCGCACUCGCGGGCAGUCUGUCAUCGGGUCGUCCUUCGGCCCAAUACUAAAUAAACGAGUGCUUUUUUUUUUUUUUCUCCCCUCUCCUUCUUUGUAUUAGCCAAGAGGUGCGAGUGGAAUGCAGUGUGAGCUUCAGACACGUGGGAGGCGCUUUGCAGUGAGCUUUCUGUUUGAGGAACUCAAAUUGGGUUGGGGAGGGUGGCGGCCGCAAACUUUUUGUUCACUCGAGGCCUUUGUCACCUGACUGGAGAUGGCUGAAAAUAAAAAUGUUGAAACAAAAACACCAGCUCCAAAUAUGUCUGCUUCUGUCACUCUCGCCUGUCAGUGUUCUCCCUUUGUUUUACAUUUUGCUUUGGGGUAAACAUUUUCACAUGUCGGGAGCCAAUCGGUUGGUGCAAUUUCUGCACUCUCCAUUUGAAAUGUAUAUCUUUGAGUAGAACUUUUUUUUUAUCAAACAUAUUCUAUGAGCGAUUACAAAGUAGUUGUAUCACUACAAACAAAACUGCACAAGUAAAACUAGUCUCAAACAACGGCCUUCUUGAGUUUUUUAAUACUAGAACACUGCAGCUGAAAUAAAAAAUGUAAACAAGA